GAAACAGAAAUCGAAUCGAAGAGAGAGCAAGAGAGCUAGCAGAGAGAGAGAGAGCUCGAGAGACGGCGAUGGAAACAAUGGUGGAGGAUGUGGUGAUAGUAGGGGCAGGGAUAGCCGGUUUGGCCACUGCAGUGGCGUUGAAGAGAGCAGGAAUUGAAGCCCUUGUGUUGGAGAGAUCCGAAGGGCUGAGAGCCACAGGUGCAGCCUUGACUCUAUACCCCAACGCUUGGUCUGCUCUUGAUGCAUUGGGAAUUUCUCAGAAGCUCGCAACUCGUUAUGCCCCCACGCUAAAGGGACAUAUAAUUGAUGUUGACACAGGAGAAGUUCAAGAAGUGUCUAGAGCCAUAACCAAUGAGGUUUCAGUUGGACCGAGAUGUUUACACCGGAAAGCCUUACUCGAGGCCUUGGCAGAUGAAUUACCAAUUCAUUCAGUCCGUUUCUCUUCCAAGAUCACUGCUAUUGAUACCCAACAACAUGAAGGUUCAUCCCUUGCCAUUGUUCACAUGGAAAAUGGAAAUAUUAUCAAAGCAAAGGUUCUGAUAGGGUGUGACGGUGUGCACUCGGUGGUGUCACGCUGGUUAGGGCUUGGUGAACCAGUCCUUUCGGGUCGAUCAGCGGUUCGUGGAUUGGCUGUGUUUCCUCAAGGCCAUGGACUCGGCCAAAACUUCCGACAGUACGUAGGAACAAGCAUAAGGGCUGGUUUUAUUCCCGUUUCGGACAAAGACGUAUAUUGGUUCUUCAGUUGCAUAUCUCCAGCUAAAGGUGUAAGCUUGGGAGAGGAUCCAGAAGAAACUAAAAAACAAGUACUUGAGAAUUAUGCCAAGGACCUCCCACCUUUAUACCUAGAUGUUGUGCAGCACUCGGAUCUUUCAACGUUGACAUGGGCUCCGCUGAAGUUCAGAUAUCCAUGGCAUGUUGUAUUUGGGAACUUAAGCAAGCAAAACAUCACGGUGGCCGGCGAUGCCAUGCACCCGAUGACACCUGAUUUAGCACAAGGAGGUGGCUCAGCAUUAGAAGAUGCCGUGGUCUUAGGCAGACACAUAGGGAAAUCCUUCGUAAAAAAUGGACGAGUUCUGGUGCCAAAAGAGAUGGUCGUCGCAAUUGAUAAAUAUGUAGAAGAAAGAAGGUGGCACGUUGCUUUGUUGGUUGCGGGAUCUUAUAUAUCAGGAUGGGUGCAACAAGCAGGGUCUGCAGGCUGGGGUAAGAAAUUCUUGAGGGAUGUCAUGUUUUACAAGUUCCUUUACCCUAAAAUUGUUAGAUAUAUGCACUAUGACUGUGGAAAACUUGAUUUCUAGUGCUUUUGAAGCAUUGUGUACAACUGGACAAGAUUGAUCGUUGCUAAGUUAUCAUUAUUGAUCGAC